AGUUACUUUGCUGCAAAAAUUGUUGUAUACGCUUUCAAAUCUCAUGCCUUUUGUUUUACUCCUGUUCAACUGAAAUCAAGUAACUUGCAAAUGCCUUUCUAGUUCUUCUACAUUUCAUUAGGAUAGUGAAUAUGUCUUCUGAAGAGACAGUUAGCAUCGAAGGGGUUAAGGGGAGGAUUGAGCGAGAAGAAGAGGAUUUGGGGGUACCUCAGAAUAUUCUAGAGAGGGACAAUAGGAGGGAAAGGUCUUUUGAUCUUGAGGAUGAGAUCGUUUCUGAGAAGGAAAGAGAGGGCUUGCUUUGCUACGUGGGACAACUGAAUGCCCGUGUAUGCCCAUUACAUGGUGGCUGGGCUAUAGUUCCCCUUUUCAGAGUUAUUGGUGUGGGUUUUGAUGGAGUGCAAUUUGGGGCUAACGCAGCUCGUCUUGAAUGCUGUGCGAAUGGUGAUGGCUUUCGUAGUAUACAACCAGGGAAAAAGGGUGGUAUUACUUUACCGUCAUCUAACAACAAGAACAGGGGUUUGUUUAAUACUAGACCGUCUUCCAUCAAAGGAUGGAAAGACAAGUUCUUUUUUAUGGAUGACACCAGAUGGGACAAUACAGCUGCUGAGGUGGAAAACUUAAAUAGGUGGAAAGGGAAAGAGGUAAACCCCAACAAGUACAGUCUAACCCUAGGGGAGUUAGAAGAUGUGAGGGUGUUGGAAAGGGGGGAUAAAGAUGUACUAGACAUUUUUGCUGAGAUGAACAACUUUUUGGAUGCGACUGGUGGAGCUGGAAUUCCCAAGAAGAAGAGGAUAACAGUGGGUGUUACUACUGUGGGGGAGGGAGAUGAUGGAAGCUUUGCACUUCAUCCUGAUGAUCGAUCUCUGCCCAAGGAAGAGAUUGCAGAGUUCGUCCCUCCGCCUCCUAUUGAGGGCGAGCCACCAUCUCAAGAAGCAUGGGCUGCACCUCAAGGCAAAGGGAAAGGUUAUGUCCGUUUACCAACUUCAAGCUUUUACAAAGCUGGAAUGAGAAGUAUGGCAAAGAGGUUCAUUAACACCUACUUCAUGAAGGUGGAUCAUCAACGGGCUCAAGACGAGGUGGCCCUCCACAAGGGGAAAAUCUACAAAUAUGAGCUCGAAAUGGAGAAAGAGCUUGACAAAGUGAGGAACGUAGCGAUUGAGCUGGAGCUUCAAGUGCACAACUCUACUGAGGUGCACAUAGCAGAGUUCUUAAAGUCUGGUACCUUCAACAACAUCAUCAACUUGUACCAGUUUCCAACUGAGAGAGAGGUCAAAGAGAAUGGGGCGAGUGAAACUAUUGAUUUUCAACCUGAGAUUGAACUCAAAUGGGAUUGGGAUAGCCAAGGUCAGACCGUUUUACCGUCAAACUUCGACUUCAAAUUCGUGCCAGUAAAUGACGAAGAAAACGGAGAUGCUGACAAGCCAGAUUAGCCAUCUGAAUGAUUUCUACUUUGUUUAUUUUUGUAAAUAAUAGUUGUAUACAACUUUAAUUUAAUAAAUUCAAAGUUCAUCU